GCGUUAAUGGAAGUGGUGAAUUUAGUCGAAUGACGCAUUCUGCCUACGUACGGAAUAAGCUUCUCAAAAUGCUUCAGUUGUGUGUUGUGUUCUCUUGCUGACGGACGACUGGCGGUUUUCCCUUACUUUCUGCACCAUGCACAAUUCUCUUCUUAACCAGUUGGAAACCGACGGAUAUGUCAUCCUGGAGGAAUUCCUUCGACCAGCCGAGUGUGACGAGUUAAAAUCGGCUGGUGAAGAACUCGCUAAGAAUAUACCAGACGAUGAAAACAGGGCAGUAUUCUCCACCAAGGAAACAGGAAAACAGCAACUCAAGGAUAAUUACUUCCUGUCGAGCAACGACAAAAUCAGGUUUUUCUUUGAGGAAGAAGCGCUGGAUGAGGAUGGAAAAUUCAAGGUGGACCCCAGCGUAUCUCUAAAUAAGGUCGGGCACGCAUUGCAUCUCCUUCAUCCUAUCUUCCGCUGCUACACAUACAGUGACCGAGUAAAGAGCGUCUGCCAUCAACUAGGCUUCAAAGAACCAGCUGUGGUGCAGAGCAUGUAUAUAUACAAGAACCCAAGACUGGGUGGUGAAGUUGUUCCUCAUCAAGACGCUACUUACCUACACACAGAACCAAUCCCUCCAGUGGGCUUCUGGAUCGCCCUCGAAGACGCGACCAUCCAAAAUGGGUGUCUGUGGAUGGCCCGCGGCUCCCACAAGUCUGGUAUUCACCGGAGACUCGUGAGGAAUCCGGAGAAGGACGCUCAACCAGCGCUCGUGUACGAUAGACCCGCUGCUGUGUACCCUGAAUCUAGUUUCACAGCAGUUCCAGUUAGCAAAGGAACCUGCAUCCUCAUCCACGGGAACGUGGUCCACAAGAGCGCCCACAACCGCUCGCCUACCAGCCGGCACGCCUACACCUUCCAUGUGGUGGAGAAGCUGGACAAUCAGUAUUCCCCGGACAACUGGCUCCAAGAGGGACCCGCCGCGCCUUUCCUCAACAUUUAUACUACGCCGCAAAUAGUUUAACUCGUAUAAAAAUUAUUCGAUCGUUAACCUUUGUAGAUAGGACCAAAAACAAAAGUAGUGUCAGUGACCUUUUUGCUAUUACCUCUUCGUCCUCCUGGUGUUGGGUUGGAGUUAAACCCUCCUAACCCCUCGGUGGGCCCGUUGUGCGCCACUAUUGACCAUGAUCCUGAAUUGGAUGAGUCAAGUUUUUAAUCAAACCACUCCCAUCUGUACCUCCGCAACCUUUACAGGGUAACCACAUCACGUAUAAGAUCAAUGGUUACACAUCUAGGUGCCUGAAAGUGCGUGCAGGUUUCCUAACGAUGUUUUCCUAAGAUUAAUAUCAAAUUUUUCGUAUUGCAAUUUAUCUAUAAGAACGUAUUUUUCUGACUAUUAAAAAAAUUGCCCUAAGUAGUAGCACUGUAGGGGAAGUUAAGAGUAAUUUCUUAUUAUUAUACACUAGUUUUAUUUUUUUAAUAUAUUGUUGAUAAUUCAAACAAACAAAAAUAGGUGAUAUUUUUACAAUCGUACACCAUUGUAAAAUCGCCUAUAAAGGAUAAUAUAUAGAUAAAGCAUAAUCUUUAUUUUUCUGAUGAAUUUAUAAUAAGUUAAACUAGUUUUAUAAGAUUUGUCUUUUGUAGAAAAACUUCGCGUGAGUAAAAAGAUGAGAUAUAUGCAUGUACCCUAAUAUUUUAGUACAAUUGUGUCUAUCUCGCCUUUGCGUAUAGGUACCCCGUUAGCGGCUAAGGAACGGGGCCCCGGGUCCAAUAGUACAAUCGCAUAAUCAUGUGCCAUUUUUAUUGUAAUUGGAUCGAUAUACAAUCAUUAAUAUGUACCUACUCAUGCUAAAAAUUAUAUGGAAUGCUCAAUUUGUUAAUUGAAUCAGAGGAUAUUGUUAAGCAGGGUCACGGUAAUUUUUUAUUAAGUUUAAAAGAAUUAAAAGGAGUAAAACAAAUACAUGUAAUAGAAACAGUGAAAUUUAAGAACAGAAAGAAACUCCCUAAUCCAAAAAAUAAUUGCCUAUGAGAAGAAAUAAAGUUCGGACAAUAUCAUAAUUGUAAUAAUUAACUUGUCGCUAGUGCGGCGUUAUUGUGAUAAUUUGUUUAAUUAAUAAAUGUCAUAUAUACA